CUCUCUUCCCCGCCAAAAAACCUCUGCAUCAACAGCAUCCACAGAAGGAUUCAACGGCUCCGAAAACGUAGGUUUUUCAAUGUCGCUCUUCUCCACUAACCCUUUCUCACUCCUACUCUCACCCUUUCACCGAUCAAAACCCAAAAAAAAAAGAAAAAAAUUUUAAAAAAUUAAAUUAAAAAAUAUACACUCAGAUCGCUGGAGAUUUUGCUUAUGUGUUCUCUGCCCCGUUUUAAGAUACCCCAAUUCGAACAGACCCUUUUCGACGGAAACAUAUUAUUCGUUUCGCAGAUUUUGGAAAUUGUGUUCGAAACUGUGAUCACGAAUUUGGGUUCAACUUUUGGUUCCUGAAAUAAGAUGGGCAACCCACCCAAAGUAUAUGAAGGUUCUCACAUUUGGGUUGAGGAUCCGGAGGUUGUUUGGAUUGAUGGGAAAGUGGUAAAGAUUAAUGGGGACGAAGUUGAAGUUCAAACAUCUGAUGAAAGGACGCUUACUGCUAGCAUAUCCAAAACAUACCCGAAAGAUGAAGAUGAUCCUGCUGAGGGAUUCGACGACAUGACCCAACUUUCGUAUAUGAAUGAACCUGCAGUUCUGCAUAACUUGGAUAAGAGAUACCAGGUCAAUAAGAUUUAUACUUAUAGUGGGGGAAUUCUUAUUGCUGUUAACCCGUUUCAAAGACUUCCCGACUUAUACGAUGGACAGAUGAUGGAACGAUACCACAGAGCAUCAUUUGGUGAACUGAGUCCACAUGUAUAUGCGAUUGGAGAGGCUGCCUUCAGGGAAAUGAUGAUUGAGGGAAAAAGUAACUCAAUACUGGUAAGCGGAGAAAGUGGUGCCGGUAAGACUGAAACUACGAAGAUGCUUAUGCAAUAUCUUGCUUAUUUGGGUGGCCAUAAAGGAGGCGAAGGGAGAUCAGUAGAACAACAAGUUCUUGAGUCAAAUCCAGUCCUUGAAGCAUUUGGGAAUGCCAAGACUGUCAGAAAUGACAAUUCUAGCCGAUUCGGUAAAUUUGUUGAACUCCAGUUCGACCAUCAUGCAAAAAUAUCAGGGGCAGCCAUCAGGACAUAUCUUCUUGAGAGAUCUCGUGUCUGCCAAAUUUCUGAUCCUGAGCGCAAUUACCACUGUUUUUACCUUUUGUGUGCAGCACAAGAGGAAAUUAAGAAGUAUAAGCUGGGACAUCCACAGACAUUUCACUACUUAAACCAAUCUACUUGCUUUGCACUAGAUGAUGUGGAUGAUGCUCAUGAUUAUUUGGCAACAAGGAAGGCAAUGGAUGUUGUUGGAAUCAGUCAAGAAGAGCAGGACUCAAUCUUCAGAAUUGUUGCAUCUAUUCUCCAUCUUGGUAAUGUUAGAUUCGCCAAGGGGGAAGAGAUUGAUUCAUCUGUCCUCGAGGAUGAGAAAUCAAAGUUCCAUCUCCAGACUGCAGCAGAGCUGUUAAUGUGCGAUUCUGAAGCUCUGGAAGAUGCAUUAUUGAGGCGUGUGAUGGUCACUCCAGAAGAAGUUAUCAAAAGAUGUCUUGAUCCUGAUGGUGCAAUAGUUAGUAGGGAUGGAUUAGCUAAGACGAUUUAUUCUCGCUUGUUUAACUGGUUGGUGGAAAAAAUAAAUUUAUCCAUCGGGCAAGAUCCAUCUUCGAAAAGUCUGAUUGGAAUCCUCGACAUUUAUGGUUUUGAAAGUUUUAAAACUAAUAGUUUCGAACAAUUUUGCAUUAAUUUUACCAAUGAAAAGCUACAACAACAUUUUAAUCAGCAUGUUUUUAAGAUGGAGCAGGAGGAAUACACCAAAGAAGAGAUUUCCUGGAGCUACAUAGACUUCGUGGAUAACCAAGAUGUUCUAGAUCUUAUAGAGAAGAAACCUGGAGGAAUCAUUGCUCUUCUUGAUGAGGCCUGUAUGUUCCCAAAGUCCACACCUGAAACAUUUGCAGAAAAGCUUUAUCAGAUAUUUAAAACCAACAAACGUUUCAUCAAACCGAAAUUGUCACGUACUGAUUUCGCAAUUGUUCAUUAUGCUGGAGAGGUUCAAUACCAAUGUGAUCAGUUUUUGGACAAAAACAAAGACUAUGUCGUCCCCGAACAUCAGGACCUGCUAACUGCUUCGAAAUGCCCAUUUGUAGUAGAACUGUUUCCUCCAAUUCCUGAAGAGACAACCAAAUCUUCAAACAAGUCUUCUAAAUUUUCAUCAAUAGGCUCUCGCUUUAAGUCUCAACUCCAACAAUUGAUGGAGACACUGAAUUCCACAGAACCUCACUACAUUAGAUGCGUGAAACCUAAUACCCUUUUCAAGCCUUGUAUUUUUCAAAAGGAAGAUGUUAUGCAGCAACUUCGUUGCGGUGGUGUUUUAGAGGCAAUUAAAAUUAAUUUAUCCGGUUAUCCUACUCAUAAGACAUUUGAUGAUUUUUUUCAACGGUUUUCUACUCUGGUGCCAGAGUUGGAAGGAGAAAUUGGUACAAAAGAUGCAUCCAAAAGGAUUUUAGAGAAGAUGGGCAUUGAUGGAGCUCAGAUUGGAAAAACUAAGAUCUUCCUCAGAGCUGGUCAGUUGGCUACUUUAGAUGCUCACAGCGCAUUAAAAUUAGGUGAUGCAGCAAAGGUAAUACAAAGAAAGACUAAAACUCAUAGGGCCCGACAAAACUAUUCUUCCACAGUUAAGGCAGCGGUUGUACUUCAAUCUAUAUGCAGAGGAAUGCUUGCUUUCAAUUUUUACCAAGUUGUAAGAAAGGAUGCAGCAGCUCUUAAAAUCCAAACAGAUUGGAGAUGGCAUAAAUUCAAUCAGAACUACAACAGACUCAAGGGAGCAACUACUUCACUGCAAGCAAUAAUAAGAGCAAUGGCUGCACGGAAGCAGUAUGAUUUCACAAUACAAACCAAAACAGCGACUGUUAUACAGUCCCGGUGGCGCGGCCAUAGAGCUUUUUCACAAGCUAGGCGAGCCAUAAGGGCAACGGUUUUUAUCCAAAGUGGGUGGAGGAGAGUGUCAGCUACAAGAGAGCUUCGACAACUGAAAGUGGCUUCAAGAGAAACAAGCGCACUUCAGGAAGCAAAGAGUAAGCUUGAAAAGCUAGUGGAUGAACUGAGAUCACAGUUACAGAUGGAGAGACAUAUGCGAGCUGCCUUGGAGAAAAAGCUGGAACAGUCAUUGGAUGUAAUGCAAAGCCAAGGCGAUAAAACAAAUAGUCUUCUUGAAGAUGAAGCUGCAAGAGCUAGCAAGCUUGAGGGCCAAGCUGCUCAUAUCGCAAGUGACGCUGCUCGCAUCGCAAUCGAUGAAGCCUUCUCAAUCAUGAAGGAGAGAGGGGUUCCAGUUGAAGAAGGAUUAGGAAUGACUAAGGAUUCAAAUUCUGAUGUGGAGAGAUUGAAGGGAUUGUUAAAAUCUGAAAAGAAACGGGCUGAUGAUAUGGAGAGACGGUAUACUGAAGCUAUGGAAUCAGUUGACGGAAAGCGGAUGAAGUUAGAAGAAACCGAAAGAAGAGUUCACCAACUUCAGGAAUCACUGAAUAGGAUGAUGUACAACAUCUCUGGUCAAUUUUCAGAGCUACAAAUGGUAUUAUGUGCAUCUACCUCAAGUUCAGCUUUGGGGAUCGUGACUAAGGAUGAAAAAGGUGAUAGUUCUUCCACCUCUUCAGAAACGACAUCUUCCGACUCUGAUUUCACAUUCCCAGCCCCUGCUUCAACUCCAGCAGACUUUUCUUCUGCCAAUUCUAGUGCACUUCAGCUCAUUGUUCAGGAUCUUUCAGCAGCUGAGGUUUCAGGAUCUGGAAAGUGGAAAAAUGAUCGGGAGGGGGCAUUCGAUGACUUUUUCUGAUGGAAGUUGUUCUGUCAGUGUGUUGUGUCUAUAUCUUCCCUAGUUAGAAAUUAGUUGGGCUAGAUUUUAACAAUUUGAUAUGUCACAGCAGAUACCGCAAUUAACACGGAACACCACCCACUUGUUGUACUGACACAUCACACAUGUAUAUAAAGAAAAUUUAACAUCACAUUUAUAAGUUUCUUCUACAUAACCAAUUGACACCAGACACGAUAAUGCAGGUUAUAAUAAUACUGGCAUACAGUCGUUAAAUCUAAUUCAGCUUCAUAUAUGUCAAUUAGUUUAGCAUGAUUAUAACUUAAUUGGAGAUUUAUAAAAUUUGUUGAGUCAGUAACGAUCUCUGCAAAACUCAGAAUCUUGACCCAAUCUAGUUUGGCUUUCUGCAAUUUGGUGAUAAUAGUUUUCCUAGGCAGUGUAAAGCAUAUCUGAAUGUUUAUUUUAUCAGAGAAAAGGUUGUUUGUCGACAGAUCCAGUAACUGGUAAGUUCCUUCUGCAUUGCCAUUCAUUUAUUCAUGCCAUAAGGUUGAGACAGUCGAUACCUCUAUAUACAUCGAAAAAGUUUAUCUUAUCUUCAAUAUAUACCAGUUGUUGUUAUGCAUGUAUUCUGUCGAUUAAUAAAAUCUAGUUCUUCCAUUUCUUAAUGUCUGUUAGCCCAACUUUUUAUAGCUCUCCCUCACUUUCAAGACGAGUCCACCUUUUAUCAUGAGUAUCUGCGGAUGGAUUGCAUUAGAAGCAUAUUUUGAGUGUAAAGUCAAAUUCUCAUCAUUCAUGUUUUAAACCUCUGUAAGAUUUCAAAUUUUUGUCAUGUCUCGUCUCUGCUUAGGUUCCUUUCCUUUUUAAGUUCAACUUGUUUUUCAUUUAAGUUUUAGACACGGUUAUCUUAGUGGACAAUUUUAGUGAGAGCUGGAGCUCUGUGCAUCCAAUGGUGUUUACUACAGUCCAUCAGCUCCAUAUGGAAGUAUUCUGUCCGUAGCAGUGAGGUUCCAGGUAAGCAUCUUAUCAGAGAAAAGGAAACUUUACGAAUCUGCAGUGUUAGCCUCUAACAAAUGAUAUGUGGUACUAGUUGGACUUUUGAUGACAUUAUGAAUCUGCAUUUUUUCUGUCUCUCCUUUUGAACACUGCUGCAGAUAUCAUGUUAUAAUAAAUGUAAAUUAUGCCUAAUCUCCACUUCUGUUUGUACAACUUCUACAAGGUAAAAUUACGCCCAUCUAUUUUCUUUGUACUGAGAAUUUCUUAAAGCGAAAUAUCUUGUGAUCGAUUAUAUGCUUUAGUUGGCACUGCCUUAUUUAUUCUCCUGCCAAGUUUUUAUUGGAUUCCUAUUUGUUAGAAAUAAGGUUCUUCUUCACUCGUGCAUUGGACCGUACUCUCCUUAAGUAGGGACAAUUGGAUGGUUUGUUUCUUUGGUCUGUCUUUAUUGACUGUUGCGUCUCUUUUAGCUCUAAGAAACUUCUUUCUCUCUUUUUCACCCAUCUGUUCUCUGACUUGUGACAGGCUAUUCUUUUAACCUCUUUCUUUUAUUUUUCCAUUUAACGUAUUGCGUGUUUAUUAGAGUCUUGCAGUUCAUCUUCGAUACAAAUGAUACAUGUGCAUGUAAUUAACUUGCUAGCAGAUGUAGCGUUGUGUAUUUGCUGUGAUGAGGUCAACAUUAGUACGUAAGUUGUAGUCGAGUAGAAUUUCCUGUCAUCAGUUUGUACAUACUACAACUUUCUUGUUUUUAGGCUUGUUAACUGUGCAAUUCUUCAACUGGCGGAGUAGCAGCGAGAGCAGAGCCUUGCCAUGAUGCAGGCGGUUUCUCGGGGCAAUGGACAGCUCCAAUCAAUAUGCAGUUAUCAUUUAUUGAUGAUAUGCAGGUAGAACUCAGAUGUUAAUCUGUGGAUGUGAUAUUUGAUUGCUUUUGCUUGCUGCAAUGCAAUUUGUAAACAGCAUUUGACCUUUUUGCUGUUUAACAUCAAUGUUUUUAUGGUUUGGUUUAUUUUAUGACAUUUCUGCGCAUUGCGCUUUUAAUUUUGUGAUUGUGAAGAAUGUGUAAAUAAAUAAAAUGCUUUAUUACAGAUUUUAUCGGGAGCUA